AUGUCCAACCUGGUCCUCCAGGCGGACCGUCGAUUCAUCACGCGCCGAGGUGAUGACAGUACUGGUGAUCCCGAGUCGCUCGCUGGUCGCAUCAACUUGAACGAUAUGGGCUCGCGCAAUGCUCGCGAAGCCGCUCCUGCUCAGCCAGCCGCCCAGGAUGCGCAAAGGAAGCGCAAGAGAGCAGAACCCGCUCAAAGUGCUCGCGCCUCUGGCAUUCUUUCACAAGCAGACCUCAACAUCGAAGGUCUACGAUAUCGUCCUCGCACACCUGCCACUCAGGCGACUUACACAUUGAUCAACACAUUAGUCGCGCAAAAGAUGGGAGGCGAUUAUGGCCUCCACAUCACUGCCAGUGCCACUGACAGCAUCUUGGAAUAUCUGAAGGACCAGGACCUGAAAGACUUCGACAAGAAGAAGGAAAUCGACGAUAUCAUCGGUGUCAAUCUUUCAUCAAAAGAAUACAACGAACUUGUCAACUUGGGCAAGAAGAUCACCGAUUAUGACGCACAGGAUGAAGACGAAAAUAUGGGUGAUGCAGACGACGCCGGUGAAGGCGAUGAUAUCGAUGACCGUCAAGGUGUCGCUGUUGACUUUGGCGACGAAGAUGAGGAGGAAGGCCAAAAUUACGAGGUUCGCGACGGAGAAGGAGAUUCAGAUGAUGAGGAUGUCACCGAGGAUCCAGAGAACGUCGUUGCAACAGGUGCCGAAGACGCGGAAGACAUGGCUGCAGAAGGCGACGAGGAGGAUCUUGUUUUCUCUGCUCCAACCGCCAGCCGUUCAGCAAAGGCCGACCAAGAGGAUAUUAUACCCGCUCACGAAAUCGACGCUUUCUGGUUACAACGACAAAUCGGCCAGCUUUACGAGGAUGCACAUAUCCAACAAGAUAAGACAUCACAAGCGCUAGAUAUGAUGUCUGGCCUGAACGAGGAUGGCGAGGCAAAACAAUUGCGCGACGUUGAGAACGAUCUGAUGGAACUUUUCGACUACGAGCACCCCGAGCUGGUCUCGAAGCUUGUCAAGAAUAGAGACAAGGUCGUAUGGGUGACGAGAUGGAGAAGAGCUGGUGAGGAUGAACCUGCUCGCGUGGCUGUUGAGCGCGAGAUGGUGCAGGCCGGACACGGAAGCAUUCUCAAGGAGCUAAAGACGCGUCAACAAGGGACCGAUGGACAAGCUCAAGGAAAGAUGCAAUUUGACCUUAUGGAUCUGGAUACCGCAACUGGAAAACCUGCCGCCCUUGAAGAGAAGAAAGAAGGACUUGUUGGUGGUUUGCAACCCAGCCGAAAUAUCAAUCUGGAAAACCUCGUCUUCGAUCAAGGAAACCAUCUCAUGACUAACCCCAGUGUGAAGUUGCCGCAAGGAUCAACCAAGCGCACUUUCAAGGGUUAUGAUGAGAUCCAUGUACCGGCACCUAAGCGUAAGCGCGAAGACUUUGAGACUCCCAACCUUCCAACAACAGAAUUGCCUGAAUGGGCUCGUAUUGGAUUUGGAAGUUCCAAGGAGCUCAACCGCAUUCAAACAAGAUGUUUCCCCACUGCAUUCAAGGAUGAUGGCAACAUGCUGAUUUGUGCACCUACUGGAUCCGGUAAAACAAACGUGGCUAUGCUCGCUAUGCUGCGCGAAAUCGGCAAGCACCGCAAUCCCGAGACUGGUGAAAUUGAUUUGGACGCCUUCAAAAUUAUCUUCAUUGCUCCUUUGAAAGCUCUGGUCCAGGAACAGGUUGGAAACUUUGGCGCGCGUUUGGCACCUUACGGCAUCAAGGUUUCAGAGUUAACUGGUGAUCGUCAACUCACCAAGCAACAGAUUGCCGAAACUCAAGUCAUCGUGACAACGCCGGAGAAAUGGGACGUCAUUACUCGCAAGGCCACUGAUACCAGCUACACUAACCUUGUGCGUUUGAUCUGUAUCGACGAAAUUCACUUGCUCCAUGACGACCGUGGCCCGGUUCUUGAGAGUAUCGUGAGUAGACAGAUCCGUAAGAUCGAGCAGACUGGUGAACCUGUUCGCAUUGUUGGUCUCAGUGCCACUCUUCCCAACUACCGCGAUGUCGCCACUUUCCUGCGAGUCGAUAUGAAUAAGGGUCUCUUCCACUUUGAUGGCACUUACAGACCUUGUCCACUUAAGCAGGAGUUCAUCGGUGUCACCGAGAAGAAGGCGAUCAAGCAACUCAAGACCAUGAACGACAUCUGUUACAACAAGGUUCUCGAGCAAGUUGGCCAGCAACGUAACCAGAUGCUGAUUUUCGUCCAUUCUCGUAAAGAGACAGCGAAGACAGCGAAGUACAUCCGUGAUAAGGCCCUCGAGCUUGAAACAAUCGGCCAGAUCUUGAAGCAUGAUGCAGCCAGUCGAGAAAUUUUGACUGAGGAAGCUGAGAGUGUGACAAAUGCCGACCUCAAGGAUCUGCUCCCCUACGGAUUCGGCAUUCACCAUGCUGGUAUGAGCAGAGCCGAUCGUACCUCCGUUGAAGAAUUGUUCGCUUCUGGUGAUGUUCAGGUUCUUGUUUGCACGGCCACUCUCGCUUGGGGUGUCAACCUUCCUGCUCACACAGUCAUCAUCAAAGGUACUCAGAUCUACUCUCCUGAAAAAGGUAGCUGGGUCGAGUUGUCUCCUCAAGACGUACUUCAGAUGCUUGGCCGUGCCGGUCGUCCACAAUACGACACGUAUGGUGAAGGUAUCAUCAUCACUACGCAACAGGAAAUCCAAUACUACCUGUCGCUACUCAACCAGCAGCUUCCGAUUGAGAGUCAACUUGUUAGCAAGUUGGCGGAUAAUCUCAAUGCUGAGGUUGUCUUGGGCAAUGUCCGCACCCGUGAUGAGGGUGUCGAGUGGCUGGGCUACACGUAUCUCUUUGUGCGUAUGUUGCGAUCACCAGCAUUAUAUCAAGUCGGGGCCGACUACGAGGAUGACGAAACUCUCGAACAAAAGCGAGUUGACCUGAUCCAUUCCGCGGCUUUGCUUCUGGAGCAGGCAAACCUCGUCAAGUAUGACAAGCGCGCAGGACGAAUCGUCUCUACAGAGCUUGGUCGCAUUGCAUCGCAUUACUACAUCACUCAUAAGUCUAUGUUGACGUACAACCAACAGAUCCAGCCAUCGAUCACGCCUAUCGAGCUGUUCCGUGUCUUCGCACUCAGUGAGGAGUUCAAGUACAUUCCCGUUCGUCAAGACGAGAAGCUUGAGCUUGCAAAGCUGCUUGGCAGAGUCCCAAUUCCUGUCAAGGAAACCAUUGAUGAGCCCCACUGCAAGAUCAAUGUCUUGCUUCAAGCAUACGUGUCUCGUCUCAAGCUUGACGGUCUUGCACUUAUGGCUGAUUUGGUAUACGUCACACAAUCUGCUGGUCGUAUCCUGAGAGCCGUCUUCGAGAUUGCUCUCAAGAAGGGUCUGGCUUCGGUGGUCAAGGAUGCUCUCAAUCUCUGCAAGAUGGCCGAGAAGCGCAUGUGGCCAACCAUGUCGCCCCUCAGGCAGUUCCCAGAAUGCCCUGCGGACAUCGUCCGCAAGGCUGAGCGCAUCGAUGUGCCAUGGUCGAGCUACUUUGACCUUGACCCUCCACGUAUGGGAGAGCUUCUCGGUCUGCCUAGAGCCGGUAGACAAGUUUGUGCUUUGGUACAGAAGUUCCCUCGACUAGAAAUCCAAGCUCAAGUACAACCUAUGACACGUACCAUGCUUCGUGUUGAGCUCACCAUCUCACCCAAGUUUGAGUGGGAUGAGGCUCUUCAUGGCAAGUCUGAGAGCUUCUGGAUUCUCGUAGAGGACUGUGAUGGUGAAGAGAUUCUGUUCCACGACCAAUUCGUCCUUCGCAAGGAGUACGCCGAGGCCGAGAUGAACGAGCAUCUAGUUGAGUUCACCGUACCCAUCACCGAGCCCAUGCCGCCCAACUACUUCAUCACUGUUCUGUCGGACCGAUGGAUGCACUCUGAGGCUCGUCUGGCUGUGUCCUUCCAGAAGCUUAUCCUUCCCGAGAAGUUCCCUGCCCACACUCCUCUCUUGGACCUGCAGCCCCUCCCUAUCGCUGCCCUCAAGCGUGAUGAGUUCAUCAACCUCUACCCUGAUUGGGAACGUUUCAACAAGAUUCAGACUCAAACUUUCAACGCCUUGUACUCGUCUGACGACAAUGUGUUUGUUGGCUCUUCGACCGGUAGCGGCAAGACUGUCUGUGCUGAAUUCGCUCUUCUCCGCCACUGGAGUCAAGGAGAUGGCAAGGCUGUUUACAUUGCACCUUUCCAAGAAGCGAUCGACGCUCGUUACAAAGACUGGCAGUCUCGCUUAACCGGAAUUGCUGGUGGCAAGCAAAUUGUCAAGUUGAUCGGUGAAACUACGGCUGACCUCAAGCUGCUUGGAGAGGGUGAUCUUAUCCUUGCUACUCCCCAGCAAUGGGACAUGAUGUCUCGUAUGUGGCAGCGCAGAAAGAAUGUUCAAGCUGUGACUCUAGUUAUUGCCGAUGAUCUACACAUGAUCGGAGGACAUAACGGUUACGUGUAUGAGACUGUCGUCUCUCGAAGUCACGCGAUCAGCAAGCAACUCGAGAACGGCCUGCGCAUUAUCGGUUUGAGUGCUUCUCUUUCCAAUGCCCGUGAUGUUGGUGAGUGGUUCGGAGCUAGCAAGCACACUAUCUUCAACUUCAGCCCUCAAUACCGCCAGAUUCCUCUCGAACUCCACAUUCAGCCUUUCACCAUUCCCCACUUCCCCUCUCUCAUGCUGGCCAUGGUCAAGCCUGUCUACCAGUCUAUCACACAGCUUGCUGCCGGUCAUCCUGCCAUGGUAUUCGUCCCGAAUCGUAAACAGGUACGCGCAACUGCUGUUGACCUACUGGCAACUUGUGUCGCCGAUGACCAAGAGAAUCGCUUCCUAAACGCCGACCUCGAAGAUAUAUCUUCUGUUUUGGAGAAGAUCAACGAACGCGCAUUGGCCGAGUCUUUGUCGCAUGGUAUUGGUUACUUCCACGAGGCUCUUAGUCCUUUCGACAAGCGUGCUGUUGAGCACUUCUUCAAGGCUGGCGCCAUCCAGGUGAUGCUCGUGUCAAGAGAUUGUGCUUGGGAGGUGCAAACUCCAGCUCACAUGGUCAUUGUCAUGGGCACCCAAUUCUUCGAAGGUCGUGAGCACCGCUACAUCGAUUACCCUAUCAGUGAGAUUUUGCAGAUGCUCGGCAAGGCUGGCAGACCCAUGGAAGACAAGAAAGCACGUGGUGUCCUGAUGUGCCCCGCUGUCAAGAGAGACUACUAUAAGAAGUUCUUGACCGAAGCACUACCAGUUGAGAGUCAGUUGCAAGCCUUCUUGCACGAUGUGUUUGUCACUGAGAUCAGCACCAAGACGAUUGAAGACACCCAGGAUGCAAUCAACUGGUUCACCUACACCUACUUCUACCGUCGUCUGAUGGCCAACCCCAGCUUCUAUGGUCUCACUGAUACAACUCAGGACGCUUUCAACUACCACCUCUCAGAGCUUAUCGAGUCCACUCUCAAGGACUUGACCGACGCAAACAUCAUUGAGGUCGACGAGGAGGACGAUGGUUCAAUCACGCCACUUAACGCUGCCAUGAUUGCCGGAUACUACAACAUCUCUUUCAUUACCAUGCAGACCUUCUUGUUGUCAUUGAAGAAGACCACCAAGCUGAAGGGCAUUCUCGAGAUUGUGACUGCAGCCACAGAGUUCGAGGACAUCCAGACUCGUCGUCACGAAGAGCGUAUUUUGUCGCGCAUCUACGACCGCGUGCCUGUCAAGCUCGCCGAGGUCAAUUUCGAGUCCCCUCACUUCAAGGCAUUUAUCCUGUUGCAAGCCCACUUCUCGCGCAUGCAACUACCCGUGGAUCUUGCCAAGGAUCAAGAGCUGAUUCUCAAGAAGGUCCUCGUCUUGCUCAGCGCUUGUGUCGAUGUACUGUCCUCAGAAGCCCACCUCAACGCCAUGAGCGCCAUGGAGAUGAGCCAAAUGGUUGUGCAAUCCAUGUGGGAUCGCGACUCACCACUCAAGCAGAUUCCCCACUUCGAGCCCGAGGUUAUCGAAGCUGUCAACAGCAAUGGCAUCAACGAUAUUUUCGAGUUCAUGGAUGCCAUGGACCCGUCUGAGAACCCCAACUACGAGAAGUUGGUCAAGAGUAUGGGUCUCAGCAACCAACAGUUGGGAGAUGCCGCUCGCUUCACCAACGAGCGAUACCCCAAUGUCGAGCUCAACUUCGAGCUUGAAGAUGCCGAGAACGUUGUUGCUGGCGAGCCUAGCUUCAUCAACGUCAGCAUUGAGCGCGAUGUUGAUGAGGAUCAAGAACCUAACCUUACUGUUCACGCACCCUUCUACCCUGCUCAGAAGACCGAGAACUGGUGGCUUGUUGUUGGUGAGGAGAGUACCAAGAACUUGCUCAGCAUCAAAAAGGUUACUAUUGGCCGUGAGCUCAAGGUUCGUCUCGACUUUACUGUGCCCACACCUGGCAAGCACGACUUGACUUUGUUCUUGAUGAGUGACUCGUAUGUUGGUGUUGAUCAAGCACCCACGUUCAGCGUGAACGCCGCAGAGGGCGAAGAAGAAGACGAGGAUGAGGAAAUGGAGGAAUGA